GGAGAUAUAAAAUAAUUCUAAAAGGGUCAUCGCUUUACUUUUCUUGUUGAAACUUUGUCCAUUCUAAAAUGAAGGCUCUAGUGAUCCUGUGCGCUUUGCUAGUGGUGAAUUUUUCUCAAGCACAACGCCGAUGCAUCGAGUCUCCUCCCAAGUGGUUCGGCUAUUUCAGAGAGGUGAACUAUGAUGCCUCUCCAGAUGAGACUGCAUUCCGAUAUGCAAACAUCAGCUAUGACAGGGAUUUGAUGAAAAUUGAAUUGCAUGAGUUUGAAAGGAGGGAAGGAGACAGGAGGUUUGACAGAAGAACAUACCUUGCUCUCUUCCAAGAAAAAAUUGCUUAUAUUGUAGAGUCUGGUCAAUGCCGAAAGGAGUCGAUGAACGAAACAAGGUUUCCUGAUUUCGGAGUCCCCGAGGAUGCAACAUUCUAUGGUUUUGAUUACCUUGGAUCUUCCAUUCCUAAUUAUGGAGUUGGUGUGGAUCAGUUCCACUUUCGCCGAUCCGAAGAUGAAAGGAGUGGAGACUACCAUGGGAGUUAUGCUCCAGUAGGUACUGAGGCACAGUCCUGUGUUCCUAUUCUCAGCUCUUUUGUUAAUGAGGAAACUCCAGGCCCACCACCAUCCCGUUCUACUAGGAACAUACACACAACAUACUUCAAUCUUACAACAACAUUGCCAGUGGGUGCUUUUAGAAUUCCUCCUUCAUGUGAACAAUAAAGACUAAUACAAUAAACCAAGCUGAAUUAUAGUUACCAUGCUAAAAUAUGGACAUUGCCUGUAUUAUAGGCUAGCUACGACUGGCAUUUUAAUUCCACCCUCUUUUUAAAAACUUUUGCUAAUUUUUAAUGUCACCAAGCAUGUGAUUCUGCUUUUACAAAAUUACUGCUUUAAUGUGAAAA